AUGUAUUCACCAGGAUCUACUUCAACUAAUAAAACCACUCCUCCAGAAAUGAACUUCGACACUGAGAAACAAAAAUCAAACAAAUAUAAAUCUUCUUCCACAGAUAUGACUCAACUGAGCGCACAGGUGCCCAACAUACAAGAUUUAAUCAGUGAUGAAGACGAUGUGUCAUUAGACAUCUUCAAAAUGUACUCCAAAAAAUACUUGCCUCAGCAAAAUCAAUACCAAAAUCAAAGAGUGUCAAAUCUAGCAUGGAGAAUCAGUUCAAAUAAAAGUAAAAUAACAAAGCCUUUGAUUAGAUCUAAUUCGGUUCCAAAAGGUGGUUCAAAUCAUUCAUUAGCAAGUAGACUUGAGGCAAGAAGUAAUUCCAUGACGGAUUCAUUAGAUAAUUUUGACUAUGUUGCUCAUAUAAAACAGAUUAGCGAACAACAAAUUUCAGAAAGUGGUCCUAAAUCAUUACAAAAAUCCAAAUCAACCAAUACCACCAUCACUAAUAAUAAUAAUAAUUUUCUUUCAUCAUAUAUAUCUUCACUUGAGUCAACUUUAAUUCAGCAAAAACAACAACAAGGACAAACUGUAUUUGGUAGUAAUCAACCAAAGAAGGUCUUACAAUGUACAAACUGUCAAACAAAAACUACACCAUUAUGGAGAAAAACUAAUAAUGGAGAUUUGCUCUGUAAUGCCUGUGGUUUGUUUCACAAACUACAUGGUGUGGUAAGACCUCCAAGAAAGUCAGUAUCAUCAAACAACAAUUCUAAACAACAACGUUCCAAACCUACUCCACAAUCAUUUCCUAUGCCAACAUCAAGUCAUGCUACUACCAGUACAACUACAACUACAAUGAGUGAUGAUUUGAUGAAUUUUGAUUCAUUUUUGGCCAUGAAUACUGCUGCCAAUACAACAACUACUACUACUACUACUACUAUGGCUGAUGAUUUGAUGAAUAAUCUAGAUUUUGAAAAUUUUAAGAAUGAAUUAAAUAUUGAUUUUAAAAAUUACACUUCACAUCAUGAUGAAUUGGAUUUAUUAGAUUUACCACCAAGUUCAAAUCAUAAUAUUAAUAAUAAUAAUAAUAAUAAUAAUAAUGGCAGUAGUAGUAACACCAAUGAUAACGAUAAUAAUUGGAAUUGGUUAGAAUUUAGUCCAGCUUAG